UCGAAUUAAAAUGCGAAAAGUAAAUAGGUGUACUAAAUUGAAAGAACAAUGAAUAGUUAGAGACUACAAAGUAAUGUGUUGCUAGAUUCAAAAACAUUGCAUACUCAUUCUUUUACUAAGAGAGUAUUGAUCCUAUGCGUGUUAGGCAUAUUAGUAAUGAUACAAGACCUAUUAACUAAUUCGAGUAUGUUUGGUUUAUUAGUUGUCUUCUUACUUCAUCCUGCACAUUUAAGAUAGUUGGGGCUCUUACUUGAUUCUGUGCAGAUUUAAGCUUUGUUUUCUUCUAACUUCUAACAUGUUAAAUCAUCAGUUUGAUGGGCACUAGAAAGAUUUCAUUUUUGCUAAAUAGGAGAAAUAAAUCUCUGUUUUUGUCAUGCGUUAUCUGUUUUUCAGUUUUUGCAGUGUAGGAGAUGGAACAAUAGGAUGCCCAAAUUUUACUUCAUUGAAUUUUGUAGGAUGGAAUGGAAGCAAGAGGAGGAGUUUGAUCUGUGCAGUCGAUAAGAACGCUGAAAUUAUCGUUACAAAGACUGUGGAUCGACUAAUAGCCAUAAUACAGGAUGCAGAUGACAGGGAAGACUCACUGCCCGCGUUGUAUGCACAAACUGAUUUUUAUAUGCAUUCUCAUUUUUGUUACUUUGGAACGAUUUUGGAUGUGGUUGGUGUUUAUAUUUAUGUAAUCUACAGAUUCUUUCUGACUAGCUAUUGUUUUAGUUUCCAUUCACAGAAAGAUUGCGAAGAAAUGGCUGCAGUACUGAUGAACAUGGUGGAUUGUCGUAUCCACAAAACUAAAGUCAUAGGCAUUUUGAUUGCAUUGAACCAAAGAGAGAAACUUGACAAGGGCUUCCCAGCCGAAGUUAAUGCACAACUAGGGGCAAUUAAGCAAGUGAGAAUACCUAAUGUGCAGGAGAAAGAAGACGAGGACAAGCCGGGGCUUGAGGCUAUGUUGCAUAAGUUUCUGUAUGCUUCCAGAGUCUUCUUUAAGCUUAGUUAUGCAAAAAAAGGUCAGUUUACUACAUAUAUGUUCCAGUUUAUUUCAAGUUUCUCUACUCCAUUUCUUAUAAGGCGCAAGAUUUAAGUACCUACAUGCAUGAGUGUCUGUGACUACCAACUGCAAUUCAUCGAUGUUUUACUGUUGUAUUGGGUUGGAAACGAGGUUUUGGAACCUUAGAAAUUUCCGGAGACAUUAAUCCAAGGUACGUUGUUAUCUUCCACGAGUAUACACAGUUGGAUUACGAAACAUUAUUUGCACUACAAGGGCCACAUUUCCUCUUCAUGAUAAGUGAUAACUCACUUUUGAUCAUACUUGUGAAGAAAUUUAGAACGCAGCUCGAUCAUCUUCUGUAUUUGGGUUCCUCAAUACAUAUAAUGUUCACUUACACAUUUUGAUAACAAAUGGAAUAGCAGAAGUUCUUUUGUUC